CGUCUUUACAAACGUCUGAUCUGUGGCCGGCCGGACUUCAUUCCACAGAUGUGCUUUAACAAAGUGUGAAGCUGAACUCUGUGACAGUGUGAGCAGUGUGAGAGUGUCAGUAGAUGAUCAGCAGAGGAAAGUGAGAGCUGCUGUGAGCUGAUGUCCUGAAGGGCUUUUAAAGAGUCUCUGAGUUUGACAGGAACAUGAAGAUGUUUGUGGUGUUUGUGAUCCUCCUGCACGUUUCCCAGCAUGCUCUGGCUGUGGUGGUGGAGGUGAAUGAGGGGGAAAGGUCGGUCCUGCUGCCCUGUCUUUUCUCAGGUCCUAUACCUGAGGACAAUGCCACAGUGAUGUGGAAUCGCAGUGACCUUGAUCCCAAAUCUGUACACCAACGAGGCAAAGGAGGAGACGAUGUUGGAGGACAAAACCAGCGUUACAAAGAACGUACAUCAAUGAAUCGUUACGCUUUCAUCACAAAGGACUUCAGCCUCACUCUGAGGAAACCCACGAAGACUGACAGCGGCAACUACACCUGCUCCAUCAGCAAUGGAAGACAAGAACGGCCACUCAGAGACAUCCAGCUAAAGGUCAAAGACCAGCAGGUGGAGGUGAAGGUGAGGGAAGGGUCACAUUCUGUCAUCCUGCCCUGCAAAACAACACCUGACCUGCCUGAAGGCACCACAGUGGAGUGGACUCGCUCUGACCUUGGACUCAUGACAGUCCAUGUGUAUGCAAACGGAAAUGAUAACCUUAUGAUUCAGGAUGAAGUUUACAGAGACCGAACGAAGAUGAAUCAAGACCUGCUGAGAACUGGAGACCUCAGUCUGACCCUGAAACACCCCACAGAGAGAGACAGUGGAGGAUACAUCUGCACCAUCUACAGGGACAAAGAUAUCCUGACACAGAAAGUCGUGCUGCAGGUCAAAGAACCAUUUCCAUCCUGGGCCACAGCUCUCAUAAUUCUCCUGGUUCUUCUUGUGGUUUCUGGAGGCCUUUUAUAUCCUUUCAGGCACUAUUUCAUGCCAGGUGAGUGUCUCCUACUACACUACCCAUAAUGCCGAUGGUUAGCAGGUGUCCUCUGGUGGCUCCUUGACUGCGGCUCACACAAACUUGUUCCGGAAGCUGAAAGAGUUGAGAGUUACAAACAGCUGAUACAGAGAGCUGAAGAGAAACUUCCAGGUUUGUUCCUGUCAGUCAGAAAACCUCCUUCAGACUCAAUCAUUGAUCAGUGAAACAGCUCCACAACAUGACUUUACUAAACAGUGUGUGUGCUUCACUGCAUUGAUCUGACACAUAGGCUGCAUGUGGACAAGCUGUUCUUCUUCUGUGGUGGUAAACAGCAGGCUGACAUGGAAACAUGUGCUGACAGUAAAUGUUGCAGCAGCUUCAGUAAAUGUUCCUUCUUGAGUUGUGCUCAGUCAUGUGGUGGAGAGCUUCAGAUGUUCAGAGCAGACACAUGAGAUCUUCAUGGUUUCUGUGCUGAUGUGUGUGAGACAUGGCCGACUGUGGAGGCUCAGUCUGUCUGUUCUUCUGCUCUUCAUCCAACAUGUCUGCAGCACUUUACAGGACGCUGCAGACUAGUUACCAAAGAACGAGUCAGGAACACAUCAGGAACAAACUGAGACACAAUCUGACUGAGACUAGAAGACAAGGAGGGGACAGGGAGGUCAUGUGACCAUCACUGCUGCUG